GCCUUGGACGCGUCGGGUUGAACUUCGUUCGUCAGUGAUUCCUUGGGUCUGCGUGUUGAUCAGUCUGAAGGUGACUCGUUCGUCGAGUAGUGUCUCGGCGCUGGCCUGUACGACGGCAUACCUACACUAAUUCCCAGCGGGGAAGCAUUCAUUGAAGUUCCAUGGUGCAUCGGGCCCUUACCAUUCCGGAGCUCAUUCACUUGAUAGUCAAUAACGUGCCACUGGGCGACGACGGCUGGCCGAGUUCUGACUGGCGGAGUCCUGACCUACCGACACUCCAGGCGUUGGCGCUCACAUGCCGCGCUUUCCAUGAACCUGCCCUGGACGUUCUAUGGUCUCUUCAGGAGGGCUUGAGCCAUCUUGUCGAAUGUUUGCCGACAGACUUGUGGACGAUAUUAGAUGAUCGUCAUGGGACUCUAACGCUCAACGAGCCAACGAGGCCCACGACACAUCAGGACUGGGAACGCCUGGAGUUCUAUGCUCGGCGUGUGCGGUCAUUACGGUAUGGCCCACGGAAGUCUCCACUCAAUCCAUACCUGAGGAUGUCUCGUGUUCUCUCGGGGAAGCUCUUUCGCUGGCUUUUAUCGUCGAGCCCUUCCCACCACUUGCUUCCCAGACUGCGAUUCCUCGAGUGGUAUGGCUCGGACAUCCCGUUCGAUUAUGUCGACUCCGCACAUAUGCUCUUCGGUCCACAGCUCUAUAUGCUGGACAUUGGGUCGUGUCUUCAGAUGUUGGUGCACCUUCAUCGACGUUCACCCGACAUUCAGGACCUCCAUAUUCAUCCGGACGGAAACGGAGGCCCAGACUCGGACCAUCAACCUAUUCCUCGCGAUAUCCUUACUUCGUUGACACCCCUUAGGUCUCUCACUCUGGAGUCGUUCUCACCUUUCGACAUCGACGUCCUCGCUGGAUUAUCGACACUACCGCACCUCACGGAGGUGAAAAUUGUGAUUGCGACGAUCACGCGGCAAGACAAACGCAGUCUCUUGGAGACGGACUAUCCCGCUGCCCAGAGCCUCGAGUUCCGUGCUCUGAAGAGUAUCACUCUGGUGCUCUCGUUCAUGACAGAGCUCAGUACGAUCCUAUCGGUCUGUCGCUUCCCCCGACUGCGGCGACUAAACCUGACAUCGUUUUGGGGCUCCGAACCACACGCAUUCGAUGAAAUGCUUCAAGUGAUCCAUGACUGCUGUUCUCAUGGUGUGCUGGAGACGAUCCAGAUACACACCGUGCCUGGUCAACUCACACAUCUCGAGGAGGGAAUACAAGUUAUCACCGCGACGUCUUUGAGUCGCCUAUGCGCUUUCCGUCGUAUGCGCAAGAUCUGGCUUCUCACGGAGAUGUACAUCGCCCUCGACGAUUAUCUCCUCGAGGAGAUGGCCAUGGCAUGGCCCUGUUUGGAGUCCCUGCGGUUCCAGAGCAUGGCCGAGGAUUCCUGGUUAAUCCAGAACGCGGCGACACUGGAGGGUUUAGUGCCACUCGCCAGGUACUGCCCCUCGCUGAAGUCGCUCACGAUCGACGUGGAUCCAUCCGACACCUUCAUCUCGCCUCACGCGGAACCGGGUGGGGGUCAUUGCAAUCGAGUCCUCCGAUCCAUCGACUUCAAGCAGCCAUUUGCAACGGAUAUAUAUAACGUCGCUGAAAUUGGGGCGUUCUUAUAUGCAAUUUUUCCGAACCUUCAGGCGAUCAACGAGUACGACAGCACAAUGACAAGCGAUUGUUGGAGGCUGGUGGAGAACACGGUCCAUGUAUUGCGGAAAGUUUCACAGUGGCCAAGGAAUGCUGGUGAGUCGUAGAAGACUGGAGAUGUACAUAUACCCGUGGUCGUAGU